ACACACCCAUAUAUAUGCAUACAUGCUAGCACCACCUUCAAGCAAAGUCGCAAAUUCUCCUCCUACACCAACAAAAAUGGCACCUUCUCCACAAGAAAUCAUCUUCCGAUCCCCACUCCCCGAUAUUCCCAUCCCCACACAUCUCCCAUUGUACUCUUACUGCUUCCAAAACUUGUCAAAGUUCCAUGACCGUCCAUGCCUCAUCGACGGCGACACCGGCGAGACCCUCACCUACGCCGACGUCGACCUCGCUGCUCGCCGCAUCGCCUCCGGCCUCCACAAAAUCGGCAUCCGCCAGGGUGACGUCAUCAUGCUCGUCCUACGCAACUGCCCGCAGUUCGCCCUCGCCUUCCUCGGCGCCACCCACCGUGGCGCCGUCGUCACCACAGCCAACCCCUUCUACACGCCGGCGGAGCUUGCGAAGCAAGCGACGGCCACGAAAACCAGGCUCGUCAUAACGCAAUCCGCGUACGUUGAGAAAAUCAAGAGUUUCGCGGACAGCAGCAGCGAUGUCAUGGUGAUGUGCAUUGAUGAUGAUUUUUCUUAUGAAAACGACGGCGUUUUGCAUUUCUCAACGCUCAGUAACGCCGACGAAACGGAAGCCCCUGCCGUUAAGAUUAACCCUGACGAGCUCGUUGCGCUUCCGUUUUCUUCUGGCACGUCUGGGCUCCCCAAGGGCGUUAUGUUAUCGCAUAAAAACUUGGUCACCACGAUAGCGCAGUUAGUUGACGGCGAAAACCCGCACCAAUACACUCACAGCGAGGAUGUGCUACUCUGUGUGUUGCCUAUGUUUCAUAUCUAUGCGCUCAAUUCCAUUUUGCUCUGCGGGAUUCGUUCCGGUGCGGCCGUGCUUAUUUUGCAGAAGUUUGAGAUCACUACUCUGUUGGAGCUCAUCGAGAAGUACAAGGUGACGGUUGCGUCGUUUGUGCCGCCCAUCGUUUUGGCGUUGGUUAAGAGCGGAGAGACUCAUCGCUACGACCUGUCGUCUAUUCGCGCUGUGGUCACCGGCGCGGCACCCUUAGGAGGGGAACUUCAAGAAGCCGUUAAGGCUAGGCUACCACACGCUACUUUUGGACAGGGAUAUGGGAUGACAGAAGCAGGACCACUUGCCAUUAGCAUGGCAUUUGCAAAAGUACCCUCUAAGAUUAAACCAGGUGCAUGCGGAACCGUUGUGAGAAACGCCGAGAUGAAAAUCGUGGAUACAGAAACGGGUGAUUCACUUCCAAGAAACAAACACGGUGAAAUUUGCAUAAGAGGCACAAAGGUCAUGAAAGGAUAUCUAAAUGACCCAGAGGCUACAGAGAGAACUGUAGACAAAGAAGGAUGGUUACACACAGGAGAUAUUGGUUUCAUUGAUGAUGAUGAUGAACUCUUCAUUGUUGAUCGGUUAAAGGAAUUGAUCAAAUACAAAGGAUUCCAAGUGGCUCCUGCUGAGCUUGAAGCAUUGUUGAUUGCCCACCCAAACAUUUCUGAUGCUGCCGUUGUAGGCAUGAAAGAUGAAGCUGCAGGGGAAAUUCCAGUUGCAUUUGUUGUAAGGUCAAAUGGUUCUGAGAUCGCCGAGGAUGAAAUCAAGAAAUACAUUUCACAACAGGUGGUUUUUUACAAGAGAAUAGGUAGAGUUUUCUUCACGGACUCUAUUCCUAAAGCACCCUCAGGCAAAAUUCUGCGAAAGGUAUUAACUGCAAGACUUAACGAAGGUUUGGUGGUGGCCAAUUAGGUCCAUAAUUGUGACAGAGGAAAAUCGUGGCUGUUUUACUUACCGUACCACAGGCCCUUCCUGUUGUGGUUUUUGUUCCAAUUUUAUAUCUCGUUAUCAAUAUAUAUAUAUAAUAUGCAAGUAUUGCAUGAAUUUAUUCUUGUGUAACUUAUAAUGUUGUAUAUAUUGGAGACCAGACUCUGAAUUACAGCAUGAACACAUUAAAAUUCAGCAAGUUGUUACGAUCUGUAUA